CCGGCGGAGCAACUCAUAACACCGACUGAACGGUGGAACAGACUUUUGCUUUUAACGACUAUUUUUAACUUACCGUUUAUUCUGAAAGUGGGUCAUGUCGGUGAAUUACGCCGCUGGACUCUCUCCGUAUGCGGAUAAAGGUAUCUGCGGACUACCUGAGGUGUUUGAUAGCUCAGAGGAGUUGAAGAGUAAAGUAGAGACUCUGGCCCAGUGGAUCAGGGAGUCUCAGUACAUGGUGGUGCAUUCAGGAGCAGGAAUCAGCACUUCUACGGGGAUCCCAGAUUUCAGAGGUCCUAAUGGAGUGUGGACAAUGGAGGAGCGAGGAGAGGCACCUCACUUUAACACCACGUUUGAGGCGGCGCGUCCCAGUCUGACUCACAUGGCUCUACUGCAGCUCCAGAGAGCAGGAUACCUCAAAUACCUCAUCAGCCAGAAUGUAGACGGACUUCACCUACGCUCCGGCUUCCCUAGGGAUCGGUUGUCAGAACUCCACGGGAACAUGUUUGUUGAAGAAUGUGAGAAAUGUGGCAAGCAAUACGUUCGGGAUACGGUAAUUGGAGUGAUGGGGCUGAAGCCAACGGGACGCUUCUGCGACAUCAUGCGUUCCAGAGGACUCCGAUCUUGCAGAGGCAAGCUGAUCAGCACUAUAUUGGACUGGGAGGACUCGCUGCCCGACAGAGACCUGAACAGAGCUGAUGAAGCGUCCAGACGAGCAGACCUGGCCUUGACAUUAGGCACAUCUCUUCAAAUUAAACCCAGUGGAGAUCUGCCUCUUCUAACCAAACGCACAGGAGGAAAGGUGGUUAUCGUCAACUUGCAGCAAACCAAACAUGACAAGCAUGCCCACCUGCUUAUCCAUGGUUAUGUAGAUGAAGUCAUGGGUCAGCUGAUGAAGCUGCUGGGAUUGGAGGUUCCAGAGUGGGCGGGGCCAACGCUGUGUGAAAACUCGGGUGGAGAUCUGGACAUCCUUCCUUAUGGAGCCUGGAAAAAUGAAGUGAAGAUUGAGCUGAAGAUAGAGGAGAACAAACACGUGGUACCAAAGAAAAGAAAGAAGAAAUCGCAGGUUGUUGAGAGAAAUCUCAAGAAAGAUGUUAAAGAAGAGGACAAAGAAAUUAAGACAACUUCAACGUUCAAACUGAAUGAUGCUCAAGUCUUUAGUGACUCUCGGCCAAUCAAAAGACAGAAAUCAGAUGGUGAGACACAUCCUUCAAAUGGCUCCUGUUCUUCCACCGUGAACACAUGAAAGUGCAAACCGACAUGGAACCUCCCUCGUCUUAGAGCCAUUAUUCUUGCAAGUAUACACAGAACAGCACACGCUCUGGGUUUUUACAUCCUGAUCUAUUUAGCAUUUAUAUGUCGCACAGUAAAGACUAGACUCGGUACUAUUUAAGGAGCAGUUCACCCAAAACAUUUAAUUCUCUCAUCUACUCCCAAUCAGGUCAUUCCAAACCCAUAUGACUUUCUUUCUUAUGCUGAACACAAAAGGAGAUGUUGUUAUGAAUAUCUUGGUCUGUCUUCUCAAUACAGUGGCAUUUUUGAUUGAACUGUUCCAUUAAAUGCCAAGAGUCUGCUUUAUGCUUUAAAUAAGCAUGAAUUAAAAAAUAUCCCCAAGACAUACAAGUACUUUACAAUUGUUUUCUGGGGUAAAAUGUGCUUGAUUGUAAUGAAAAUAAAGUCAUAAUGCAAGGUUAUAUCUUUAUUGUAUUUUUGCUGUCAAUGACCGGUUUCAUAAGACUCCCCUUUAAAGGAAUAAAUAGUAAAAUACAAUGUGGUUUAUUAGAUUUGCUAGACUGACACAUGGUUUGUACAUUUCUGUGUGUUUGGAGAGACUGUGAAGGGUCGUGAGCUAUUUGUAUUAAUAAUGUAAUAUUUUAUGCUUCAUAACUUCCUUCAAGUUUCUACAUUGAUGGGAUUGUUAUUGUGUUUUUUUUGUUUGUUGUUGUUGUUGUUAUAUUCAGCUAUGCUAUGUGAUUUUUUUGUUAGUUUUUUUCUACUUUUUUCUUAAAGACUUGAGGUUGUUUAUAUACAAGAUACUGAAACUGUAGCCUGUCUAUGGUGUUAUCUUAUUUUAAGAUAUUUAAAGGGAUAGUUCACUCAAAAAUGAAAUUUGUCUCAUUUACUCAUCAUCAUGAUAUCCCAGGUGUGUAUGACUUUCUUCACCAGAAUGCAUUGGAAGAAAAAUAUCUUCUUUCAAUAGUGAUUUAUUUAUUUUUUGUGCAGCAUAUCAUGUUGAAUUCAAAGUUUCCGGGCGGUAAAUGCAGCCUGAUCUCAUGAAUAUAUCAUGACCAUGGUAACAUUUUUGCAAAACAAAAUUGAAUGCUUCAUUGCACAUUUUGCUGCAGUUUCCUGGUGAAAUGUCCAGUGAGGGGCGCCAAAAGCGAUUGAAAUAGUGAGGUAAUCAGAUGAGGGGCCAGUGGUGGCUCAGCGGUUAAGGCUCUGGGUUACUGACCGAAAGGUCGGGGGUUCAAGCCCCAGCACCGCCAAGACACCACUGUUGGGCCCUUGCCAGGGCCAGUUGCGUUCCCACUGUCACUUCGGGGUCUCAUCAUGACUCUUUGGGGUUUCAUCUGCCUUUGGCCCAUUGAUUACCUUUGGGCCAAAGAAGGCCAACUGGCGAUUGAGGUGGGGUCAAUAAAAUAUAAACUUGAUAUUCUCAAUAAAUAGAUAACUUGCGUAUUUGGUUUGUCUUGUGAAAUGUGCGGGUGUGUUAGAAUUGCACCAGGGCGACGUAUAAAGGCUGGGUUUUAGAGCAAUGCUGUGGGGCUUUUGACCUAGGCUGACCAGUUGAUAGCCCUGGCUAACACUGGCUUGAUAGUGGAAAUGCGGCUAUUCAUGUUCUCAGAACUCGUAAUUAAGAAGUUAGAGAUUGACUGCAAGCACAUACGGAAUCACUAAGCGCAAAACAUAGAGGUACACAGACAUACUUUGGUCUUAAGCAAGAAUGCUUACUAGGCUUUGGAAGAGCAAAUAGUUGUAUUUUAUACAGUAUCUAUCAUUGCACAGAACUCAGAAAAACAUGUGGAAAAUAUUGCUGCAGUAAACCACUGAAUUCUCCAGACAAGCCUUUGAAAUUACUGCUGAGGGGUAUCAAGUUGCAUUGUGGCCACCUCUCGACACCUCCUUGCAUGUGGUUUGAUUAGUUAGGACAGUAGAAGUCAACAUACAUCUAGCUACCUCAGCGACUAUUAACAUGUCCCUGAGGAGCCAUCAAAGCUAGUUUGAUAGUCCUCUCUUCAACAUGCCAUUUCUGAUUGAAAGUAUAUCUCUAACACUCUUGUGUCUUUGCCAGCACAAAAACAGCUUGCGCUGAAUCCAGAUUGAAACAAUGCAAGUAAACUGUUUAGAUAAGCAGAGUUAUACAGAUGCUUUGUUGCCAGCGUUCUGAUUGCACUAGGGACUGGAGGCCUUCCGGUGAAGUCAGUAGAUGCCUCUGUUAUGAUCAAAGAUGAAUGAAAGCUGGACAAAUACUUUGAUGAUCUUCUGUACAAAGAAGCCAUACAGGCUUGUCCUGGAUUACUUCCAGAAUUCCCCUUCCUCAUUCACUGUGUGAACUCUUAAAAGGUUUGCAGAGCUUCUUUUAACAGUACAAAGCCUUUAGUCAACAACAGCUCUGACAAAAACACCUGUAGAAAAAAAGUGGCACAUGCUGUUUUAGAAGAAAUCUCCUCUAGUUUGCCUGCAAAAAUGGUCUAAAAUAUAAAAUUUUCCAUGAAUCAAAGCAGCUGCGCCAUCGCUAUCUACUGUAUGAUUGUGAAUGCAUCAGUACUUGAGAAUGCUAUCUGAUGUGUUGCAGGAAGCAAAUAUGCAAGUGUUGUUGCCCUGUGGUUAUUAAAAUCACAGAAAUAAUUUUCAAUAAACAAGAGU